UCAUUUCAACUGCUCCUUAUCCUCUCUCUCUCUCUCUCUCUCUCUCUCUCUCAUUCGAAGAGAAAAGAACCUCUCGACCCAAGAGUCAUGGCUCUCACAGCACGCCUCCCCAUUACCAAUCCCAUUCGUACUCUCUCUCGCCAAUUUUUCAAUUUCAGGCUCUCUCUUCCACAUUUUAGAACCGGUCUGAGGCGUUUGGCAUACAGGACUAAACCACUCAACCUCUUCACACCAAUCUUUCUAUCCCUUUCUGAAAUAAGGGAUCCAGAAGGGAGUAAACCAAUUCAAAAAUUAGGUACAAUAAAUACCUGUGGCUUCGUCUUGGCUCACGCGAUGCUAUUUCAACCUCCAGCGGCUUAUGCUUUUGAAGAACAUGUAUCAGAAGAAAUACAAAAUUUCAAGCCAUUAAUAGCAGAUUUGGACCCAUCAACAGCCAAACUGGCUGUAGCUUUUCUUGGGCCCUUUCUCUCUGCCUUUGGUUUUUUAUUCAUAUUGAGAAUAGUAAUGUCAUGGUACCCGAAGCUUCCUGUUGGGAAAUUCCCUUAUGUCAUAGCCUAUGCACCAACUGAGCCUCUGUUGAGCCCAACAAGGAAACUGAUACCACCAGUUGGUGGAGUGGACGUGACCCCUGUAGUUUGGUUUGGACUCAUAAGUUUCAUGAAUGAAAUAUUAGUAGGUCCACAAGGGCUUCUCGUUCUUCUAUCUCAACAAGUAUAGACUUUUGUCACCACAGUUUUGUGCAUCAACAGUUACAUAAUUUGUGUUGAUUCUCUUGUGUGUAUCCAUUUCAUUACAUUGGUUCAUAUUUAUGUUGGACAUUCAGAGAGAGAAUAGUGGGACUACAAUUCUACAGAAAUGUCUUACAUUCAAUGAUAAGAAGUUUCCGACUACAAUUCUACA